CCGAAGCAGAAGAUAUAGAUGGCUAUGGCCGCGUCCACCCUAACCCGCAGCAGAAUCAUCAUCUUUGUGCUCAUCGUAAUAGCCUCAACAAUAACCGCCGAAAGGGUCCGUUUGGAGGAGGAUGACCACCGAAUCCUCAAGGCAAUGAUGGGCCGGUGCGGGGAGAUAUUCCUCAACCCCUCUUCGCCGCCGCCGGACAACAUCGUCCACGCCGAUGAAGCCCGGCUAGUCCCGAGACUCACCAUGUACAACUGCCAUCUACUUUUCGGUCAGGUCAGUAAGAUAGCGGGCGCAAUCACUCCCGCAGCCAUUCGUCAGUUCGAAUUGUACGAGGUGCCCUUCUAUUAUCCGAGGGCCUAUUUAUCAUGGGUAUCGCCAGAUUUUGAGGACUAUUUAUCCGAAGGUCCAGUCUCCGUCAAAGGUAAUGAAACUGAGAUUCCCGACAGAGAUUACCACGCCUUGAAGACGGUCAUGGAUUCUUGUGUUCUCCAGUUACUGGAUGAGAAUUAUGAAUCCGAAUCAGAAUCUGGGGAUAAUAUCAGAUUCUGCAAGGAGUACUUUGACUACUUCUCCUCCUUUUACUACUACAGGGACAGGCUGACCCCCGAGUUCGUCCAUGUCAUGAAACACUUCGAAAAGUACUACGCACUUGACUGGGAAGCAAAGCAAAUACAUAUUUGCUUGCUCACUAAGAUGCAAAGUCCCCAAGACUGUUUCCAUCUUUACGAGUGCUGCUUUCCAGGAUUCGGAGAAGCUGUCAUGAAGGACACCCCUGUGCUUGAUUUAAUUACUGAUGGCCUCCUUUCAUAGAUGUUAUAUAUGAUCCCUCCAUCUAUUCUCAUUGCCUUUUUUCGUUUUUCUAUGAUUAAAUUAAAUCAGAGGGAGCUAUCUAUCUGUGUAGGAAUAAGUUCAAAUAAUUAAUAUUUAAUAAUUGGGAAAUCCAAAGGUGGAUACUUAUUGAUCUUCGUCAUAUGAAGAGUUUUAUAGGAGUAGUGAAUCACCGUCCUCUGAGUUGGAUCGCUCAAGGAUCUGUUAUUGUGUCCGCGUAGUAAUCAAAUUCUAUUGUAAAGUAAGAAUAUUAUUUGUCUUUUCUUCUUUGUAUUUACAUUAGUCAUCAAUAACACAAAAACUUUAUUGUUACAUCAAAUCAUUUUACCCCACAUCAAUAAGUAUAGAUGCCUUCUCGAAUGUAGAAAAAUGUAGACCCAGUCCUCCGUAGUUG